AUGUUUUCCAAACUCAUCCACACGUCUGCAGUACAGAGCGGCACCACCGGUGAUCGUCUGGCACUGCUUGCCAUCAAAUCCAUGAUUAAAGGUGACCCACAAGGUCUCUUGACCUCAUGGAACCAUUCCAGCACUAAUUUCUGCCAAUGGCAAGGUGUUACAUGUAGCCUUCACCACCAAAGAGUCACCCACUUGAACCUCUCAAACGGAGGCUUGAUUGGUACGUUGUCUCCCUCCAUCGGAAAUCUAAGCUUUCUAAGGGUCAUUUGGUUUUCUAACAACUCGUUUUCUGGUGAAAUUCCACCUGAAAUUGGGCGUCUCUUAAGAUUACGAGAACUACAUCUUCGCAACAACUCUUUCACCAGAAACAUUCCAGCCACCAUAAUGAAUUGCUCCAAUCUCCAACUCCUUACCUUGGGUAACAAUAAUCUAGUCGGCAAGAUCCCAGAUGGGAUUGGAUCAUUAUCCAUGCUAAACGAACUCGCCCUUCAUGACAACAUUCUACAAGGCGAUAUUCCUUCAGAAAUUGGGAGUCUUUUUAGAUUACAAGGACUAUGGCUUUAUAACAACUCUUUCACGGGAAACAUUCCGGCCACCAUAACGAAUUGCUCCAACCUCCAAGUCCUUAGCUUGGGUAGCAAUAAUCUGGUCGGCAAGAUCCCAGAUGGGAUUGGUUCAUUGUCCAUGCUAAGCCACCUCGCCCUUGCCGACAACAUUCUACAGGGCGGGAUUCCACCUGAAAUCGGGCGCCUCUUUAGAUUACAAGGACUAUGGCUUUAUAACAACUCUUUCACCGGAAACAUUCCGGCCACCAUAACGAAUUGCUCCAACCUCCAAGUCCUUAGCUUGGCUAGCAAUAAUCUGGUCGGCAAGAUCCCCGAUGGGAUCGGUUCAUUGUCCAUGCUAAGCAUCCUCGACCUUUACGACAACAUUCUACAGGGCGGGAUUCCACCUGAAAUCGGGCGCCUCUUUAGAUUACAAGGACUAUGGCUUUAUAACAACUCUUUCACCGGAAACAUUCCGGCCACCAUAACGAAUUGCUCCAACCUCCAAGUCCUUAGCUUGGGUAGCAAUAAUCUGGUCGGCAAGAUCCCUGAUGGGAUUGGUUCAUUGUCCAUGCUAAGCUUCCUCGCCCUUCAAGAUAACAUUCUACAAGGCGGAGUUCCAAAUGAAAUCGGGCGUCUCUUUAGAUUACAAGAACUAUGGCUUUAUAACAACUCUUUCACUGGAAACAUUCCGGCCACCAUAACGAAUUGCUCUAACCUCCAGAUCCUUGUGUUGGGUAACAAUAAUCUGGUCGGUACGAUCCCAGAUGGGAUUGGUUCAUUGUCUAUGCUAACGCUCCUCGCCCUUGAAGAUAACAUUCUACAAGGCGGAAUUCCACAUGAAAUCGGGCGUCUCUUUAGAUUACAAGUUCUAAAUCUUUAUAACAACUCUUUCACCGGAAACAUUCCGACCACCAUAACCAAUUGUUCCAACCUCCAAUUCGUUGAUUUGCGUUUCAAUAAUUUUUGGGGAAAUUUACCUUCUCUCACAAACGGUUCAUCUUCAAUAUUAUUGGAACUAUCAAAUAAUAAUUUUGUGGGAUCAUUACAUAAUUUGGUUUGUUCCAACAGUGUGAACAAGAUCAAAUAUGUUGGUUUGGGAUAUAAUCUGUUGUCGGGUGUUAUUCCAGAUUGUUGGGAGAAGUGGCCGAACUUGGUAUUCUUAAACUUGCAAAACAAUAAUUUUUGCGGUAAGAUUCCAAGAACAUUGGGUUUUAUGCGUUCCUUACAAUUACUGAACAUUCAUGGAAACAAGAUCUUAGGAACAAUACCUUCUUCCCUUAUGAAUUUGUCAAACUUAAAGAUCCUUCAACUUGGGAGAAAUGAACUUGUCGGAAAUAUUCCUACAUGGAUUGGAACAAAACUCACUUUCUUGAGAAUUCUCAACCUUAGAUCCAACAAUUUUUACGGAAGUAUUCCUCACCAACUCUGUUUUAUUUCACAUGCUCAAAUCUUGGAUCUGGCUCAUAAUAACCUGUCUGGAAAUAUUCCAAGAUGCUUCAACAACUUUAGUGUCCUUUCUGGCAUAGAAACUAGCUUAGAGUUUCAGUUUUCAUUCUCUUUGGGAGUCUUAUCAUCUAUUGUCAGUGAUUCAUUGGUGAUGAAGGGACGAGAGGACACCUAUACAGUUUUUCUAGAGCUGGUUAUGCUAUUGGACCUUUCGAGCAACAAUUUUUCUGGUCAAAUUCCCAAUGAGCUUAUGGCCCUUCGGGAGUUAAUAUCACUAAAUUUAUCAAGAAAUCAGUUGACAGGGAAUAUUCCAGAUAAGAUAGGAGACAUGAAAGCACUUGAAUCUUUUGAUUUAUCGCUAAACAAGCUUUCUGGGGAACUUCCCAUGAGCUUGUCAAAGUUGAACUUCAUUAGUAUCUUCAAUGUGUCUUACAACAAUUUUAAAGGAAGAAUUCCAACAAGUACUCAAAUUCAAAGCUUAGACGAGUCCAACUUCUUUGGUAACAAACUUUGUGGAGCUCCGCUAACUAGUGAUUGUGUACCGGUUGAUGUACCUGUUAUAGCGGGAGACCAAGAAAAAGAAGAUGGAUCACAUGGAGAAGAUUGGGAGUUAAUUAUUAGCAUAGUGCUUGGAUUUAUUACUGGAUUUUGGAUCGUUGUGGCUUCACUGAUCGUGAACAAAUCAUGGAGGAUUGUAUAUUUCCGUCUCUGGGGAAAAUGGAUCAAGGUAUAG